CCAUUAAUUUUAGCCAUUAUAUUUAUUACCUUCUUCCACAAUGUAUUGAGCAGACAUCGUAUACGACACUUCAAAGACAGAUUCAAGAGACAACAAGGAGCACAUUUAUACCUGCCAGGUUCAUUUGUAACAGAUGAUGAUACUCCAGAAUCAGGGGCUUGGGAAGACUGGUCCGAACCUAGUCCUUGCUCCAGGACAUGCGGAGGAGGGGUGGCUACGCAGUUCCGAAACUGUAAACCGGGAUAUGAGUGCAGAGGACCUUCAAAGAAGUACUUCUCUUGUAAUACUCAGGAUUGCCCGGAACAGGCCGACUUCCGAGCCCAACAAUGUGCAGAGUAUAACGACAUUCCAUUUGAAGGAAUGCAUUACGAAUGGGUGCCUUACACGAAAGCUCCAAACCAAUGCGAGUUGAAUUGUAUGCCAAGAGGUGAAAGGUUUUAUUAUAGGCAUGCCUCAGCAGUAUACGAUGGUACAAGAUGUAACGAUGAAAAGUUUGAUGUGUGUGUUAGUGGAAAAUGUCAUCCUGUGGGAUGUGACAGAAUGUUGGGUUCAAGUGCUAGAGAAGAUCAAUGCCGUGUGUGUGGAGGAGAUGGCACCAGCUGUAAUACUUUCACAAAUACGAUACAAAUGAAAGAUAUGCAAGUUGGAUACAAUGACAUACUGCUGAUUCCUGCUGGAGCUACUAACAUCAGGGUAGAAGAAUUGGCUCCAUCAAACAAUUAUUUGGCAAUAAGAAAUAAAACUGGAUAUUAUCACUUGAACGGAAACUGGAGGAUAGACUUUCCCAAAUCCCUUGAUUUUGCUGGAUGUAGAUUCAAAUAUGAAAGAAGCCCGCAAGAAUUCGCUGCUCCUGAUAUAAUUACCGCUUUAGGUCCUACUGAUGAAUCACUAUUUUUUGUGCUACUCUAUCAAGACUCAGAUGUCCCUAUUAGUUACACCUACAGUUUACCAACCAAUGUUCCUCCACCAUCAACAGAAACUUAUUCUUGGAACUACGACGACUUCACUCCCUGUUCUGCAACAUGCGGCGGAGGUUAUCAAUUCAGGAACGUUACCUGUGCUGGAAGAAAUUCCCUGGAGCCAGUUGACAGAUCCCUGUGUGACUCCAACACCGAACCAGAAGCCAAGAGACGUUGUAGCGAAAUUCCUUGUCAGGCACAGUGGAUUCCUUAUCCUUGGAAGGAAUGUUCCGCUCCUUGCGGGGAGGGUGGUGUUCAGGAAAGAGAUAUAUUUUGCCAGCAGAUCGUUUCUAAUGGUCAACCAACCCUGGCGGAUGAUUCCGAAUGUUUGAAAUUGGAACCUAGGCCCCCGAAAGAACAAAAAUGUAAUGUCGGAAAAAUAUGUGCCAAGUGGCAUACUGGGCCCUGGAAACCUUGCGACCAUCUUUGCGGAGACGGAAAACAAACGAGAAAAAUUCAAUGUUACAUCGAAAAAGAAGGUAAAAUUGAACUCUUAGAAGAUGCUGAAUGUGAAGCAAUAGAGCCCAGACCGAUAGAAGCGAAAAAAUGCAAACUUAGACCGUGCGAGGGAGUUGACUGGAUAACUUCAGAAUGGAGCGGGUGCGACAGAAUAUGUGGCCUGACGAACGAAACGAGAAAAGUAUAUUGCGCCACCGCGAAAGGAGAAAUCUAUCCAGAUGAACUCUGCGAAAGUGAACAACAAAAGCCGGAUUUGGUCAGGAAGUGUGAAUCGAUGAAUACCACCUGCCAAUAUUUGUGGUACGCAUCUCAAUGGAGCGAGUGUUCAGUAUCUUGCGGAAAGGGUGUCCAGACAAGGACCGUCUUUUGUGGGGUUUCUACGGUAAACGGAGUCGAAAAAGUUGAAAUUGAAAAAUGUGACCCAUCGAAACAUUUCGAGACCUUGAAGAACUGCACAGGAGACAAUGAAGAGUGUGAAGGAGAAUGGUUCAGUGGUCCUUGGGGAAAAUGCUCCAAACCAUGUGGAGGAGGAGAACGAACGAAGAAGGUGUUAUGUAUAAAAGACGAGGAAGUUGUCGACCCGACAGCAUGUGGAUCGGAUACGAUCGUAUUUUCCCAUGAGGACUGCAACGGUCAUCCCUGUUCAGAAGAUACAAUAAUGCCUACUGAUGUCACACAUUCAGUCGAUGAAUCUGAGCCAACUGAAGACACUUCAUCAAUAACAGAGAAAACAACUCUAGAAAGUGGUACAUCAGAAACAUCCGGUACAACGAGAAUAAUACCUACUGCUUCAUCAGUGACUAAAACUUCAACGGCUGACCUGGAAUAUGAAAUAGUACCUGACACGAACUGCGAUGACGGUGAAUGGGUGGAAGUACCAAUUGAAGAUUUAGAACAGAGCGACGAACCAAGAGAUCAGCUUGAUAAUGACAGAGAAAUACCUUUUACUUUCGAGGAACUUAUGCUUAACGACGGGCCUCUUGCAGGGGAAGAUCAAGAAGGAUCUGGAAGUAGUUCCACAGAUAGUUCAUCUAUAACUUUGGUUGAAGGAUCUGGAAGUGAUUCAACUGAUGACAUUACUACUCCUGAAUCGAUAGUAACGACCGACCUAUUAGAUGACAGAGUUUUUGUGGGCGAGUCAGAAGCUGGAGUCAGACACCCAAAACCUCAACAAAUAGUGCCGAAAGAUGAUGGAGUUACCGACAAAGUCACUCAAAUAACGGAGGGCAGUGAAAGCACUUAUUUAAUUUGGACAACAGAUACCACUGGCGAUUAUACUAGUGAUUCAUCAUCAGUUAUGACUACAGGAACGCAAGUUUCUGGAGAAACUGGAGAAAGCAAUACGUCUGGUCCAACUGUUAUCACUGAAAACAUUGAUGGAAGUAGUAUAAGCGAUAGCACUGAUGACGUUUCCGAUAGUACUGAAAUCACUUCUGAGUCACCUAGUGUUACUGAUAGUAGCACAGAUAUAUUUUCCAGCACGACAGAGUCAAUUGAUAGUACAACAGAUUUCACUGAUGGUACAGGAAGCACCAAAACUAGUGACACAUCUAGCAGCACAGAAACUGCGGGUAGCUUGCAAACAAGCCGAUCACCUGAAAGUACCAGUUCGAAUACUGAACCAACGGUAUCACCUUCUGACAAAGGGACGACGGAUAGAACGGCCUCAGACUUCACUACAAAGUUUACGAGUAGCACAGAUAAAACUGAAUUAUCUAGUAUCACAGAAUUUGAUAGCAGCUCUGAGGCAAGCGUUUCUUCUACGAGCACUGAUAUUGAUAGUUCUGAUAGAACAGAGUCUACCAGCAGUGCUAGUAGAGUUUCUUCCACGAUCACUGUUGUUGAUAGCUCUGAUACAACAGAGUCUAGCAGCAGAACUGAUGAUUUCACAGAUAGUACGGAAACAGGUACAACACAAGCCAGCACAGAUACUUCAAGUUCUCGAGCAGUUACUGAAAGUACUGCAGAAUCAUCGUCCAUUGAAACAGACAUACCAGAGUUAAGUAGCACCAAAACGAGCCAAUUUCCUUUGACGACCAAUGCACGAACUCCUGGUACAACAUCAUUAUCUGACACAACGAAGCCUAGUACUGGUGAUUUGACGGAAUCAUUCAGUAGUACACCAGCCUCCACUGAGAGCACAACAAAGUUAUCUAGUGGUGCAGAUAUUACAACCCCAAUAACAGACGAAAGUACUUCAGAAAUAUCAGUUACUAGCCGCACAACACUAAGUGAAGUUCCUACAAGUGACAGUACAACCAUAGAAAUUUCCGCAAGCACAACAGAACCUUCCGAAUUCACGAUUGGUACAACAGAGUUUACUGAUACUACGAGUAGUACUGAAAGCACUCCUGAGCCGAUAAGUAGUACAGCAAGUUCUCCUGAGCAUGCCAGUAGUGCAGAAAGUACCCCUCAACCAAAAAGCAGUACAGAAAUUUCUCCUGAACAAACUAGCAGCAGUGAGAGUUCUUCCGGACUCAUCAGCAGUACAGACAUUUUGAGCAGUGCUGAUAUGAGCAAAACUUCCAAGAGUACAGAGGUAUUAACCGAAGGUACUACAGAGAUUUCUGAAAGUUCAACAGAAUUUGCAGGAAGUACUGGAUCAUCCUUCAAAACAACAGAAGUUACCAGCUCUAUGGCAACAGAAUUCACAGGUAGUUCUGAAGCAUCUGAAGGCACAGAAGUUACUGGCGGUACUUCGGAAAUUAGUACAGAAUUCACAGUAUCCACUGAUAGUACAACAAAGUCAACCGAUAGUUCAACUGAAUUUACUGGCAGCACUGAAACAUCCUCUGAAGGUACAGAAGUUACUGUUGGUACUACGGAAUUAACGGAGAUUAGUACAGAAUUUACAACUGAGUUAAUCGGUAGCACAACUGAAUUUACUGGCAGUACUGAUUCCACGGAAAUUUCAAGUACGGUGGAAAGUACCGAAAGCGAAAUUACCGGAUCUGAUAUCUUCAGCACUACUACUGAAAGUGUAAUAAGCGAACAAACUACGUACUCAUAUCUGUAUGGAACAACUCCGAUCAUUGAAUUGUUCCAUAAAACUAGAAAAAUGUGCAAGAGGAGGAAAAUCAAAACUUGCAGGAAAACUGAAUACGGCUGUUGUUGGGAUAAUAUCACCCCCGCUAAAGGACCGUUCGAUAAAGGUUGUCCAACCCCGCAUACCUGUAAAGAAUCUAAAUACGGAUGUUGUCAGGAUGGUGUUUCGGCUGCUCUUGGAACUGAAUUUGCUGGUUGCCCAUUGGAACAUUGUAACGAAACCCUGUUCGGUUGUUGCCCGGAUAACAAAACAAUAGCCGAAGGUAACGAUUACGAAGGCUGUCCACCGCAAUGUCUCAUGUCACAGUAUGGAUGUUGCAAUGAUAACAUCACUGAAGCUUCGGGUCCCAACCACGAAGGUUGUGAAGAAGCAGAAACAACCACUGAAAUAAGUACGGAAGUAGUAACGGAACCAAGCACUACAGAAGUUUCUAGUGAGUCUACAGAAUCGUCUUCAGAAACAGUAACACCUACUGAAGAAACAACUGUAGUAGUCACUAUUGAAACUACUACAGAAGUUGUACCGGAAGAUUGCAGUAACACAACAUAUAGAUGCUGUCCAGACGGUGUGACACCUGCAACCGGUCCUGGGUUCCAAGGUUGCAACCUACCAUGUUCCAACAGCACGUUCGCCUGCUGUCAAGAUGGCCAAACUUCUGCACAUGGGCCCAGCGGGGAAGGAUGUUGUCUGUCGUCUCAGUUCGGGUGCUGCCCUGACAACAUCGUUCCUGCUAUGGGACCUAACGAUCAAGGUUGCGGUUGUGAGUUGUCGCCAUAUGGAUGUUGCCCUGACAAUAAAACUUCUGCGCAAGGCUAUAGCCUAGAAGGAUGUGGGUGUCAGUUCACUUCGUUCGGUUGCUGUCCCGAUAACGUAGAACCUGCUUAUGGACCAGAUUUUCAAGGAUGUUUGUGUCACAGUUUCCAGUUUGGUUGCUGUCCCGAUGGAGUUAGUAUAGCGAAGGGACCUCAUGGACUAGGAUGUAGUUGCAGAGAUUCAGAAUUUGGUUGUUGUUCUGAUGACAAAACACCGGCGACUGGUCCAAAUUCGAAAGGUUGCGGAUGUGAAAACACCAAAUUUGGUUGUUGUAUUGAUGGGGUUAAUGAAGCUAAAGGGGAGAACUUUGAGGGUUGUGAGUCAGCUCCACAAAAUCUUCAAGCUGGGUGUUCAUUACCCAAAGAGAAAGGAAGUUGCAGAGACUUCAAAGUUAAAUGGUUCUUCGAUAUGGAGUACGGAGGUUGUUCAAGGUUUUGGUAUGGUGGUUGCGACGGCAAUGGUAAUCGUUAUAACACGAAAGAAGAAUGCGAUAGCAUUUGUGUGAAACCACAAGGCACAGAUGUAUGUGGUCUUCCGAAAGUGAGAGGUCCGUGUGAGGGAUACUAUCCAGUUUGGUACUAUGACUCAAAGCUCAAAAACUGCGCACCAUUUGUCUACGGCGGAUGUCUUGGCAACAAUAACAGGUUUGAUACAAGAGAAGCCUGCAUGAGUUUAUGCGUUAAAGACAACAGUGCAGAUCCUUGUGAACAAACUAAAGAAGAGGGUCCAUGCCACGGCCAAUACCAGCGGUAUUACUAUGACCAAACUGAUGGGCAAUGUAACGCAUUCAUAUAUGGUGGCUGUAAAGGUAACAACAACAAUUUCCCAACAAUUGAAGCUUGUAACCAGAAAUGCAACGCACCUGGGCUCAAGAAGGAUCAUUGCUCGUUACCAAAGAUAGAAGGUAAUUGCACGGAACGCCUGCCACGAUGGUAUUUUGACACCUCCGAAAAUCGUUGUGUACCCUUCUAUUAUUCUGGUUGUGAGGGUAACGAAAAUAGUUUCGAAACUGAAGAAGCAUGCGAGAAUGAUUGUCCUAGGGACAUUG